CAAGGGAGCAUGCGCGGUGUGCGGUUCCUGGGGAAAGGGACAAAAUGGCGUUGAAAGCGGUCGGUCGGAUGGUGAAUGGAGCCAUGGGCGACGUGAUGGCCUCCCGGGAGCACGCUCAGGCCGUCAGCCGGGACUACAUGUCGCAGCCAAGGCUGACUUAUAAAACGGUUUCUGGUGUUAAUGGGCCGCUUGUAAUCCUGGAUCAAGUAAAGUUUCCCAGGUAUGCUGAGAUUGUGCAUCUCACACUUCCUGAUGGUACCAAGCGCAGCGGGCAGGUACUGGAAGUCAGUGGUUCGAAAGCAGUAGUUCAGGUGUUUGAAGGUACUUCUGGUAUUGAUGCGAAGAAAACAAGUUGUGAAUUUACUGGAGAUAUCCUCCGUACCCCAGUGUCUGAAGAUAUGCUUGGUCGUGUUUUUAACGGAUCUGGAAAACCAAUAGAUAGAGGUCCCACUGUCCUUGCUGAGGAUUACUUAGACAUUAUGGGUCAGCCCAUAAAUCCUCAGUGUCGGAUCUACCCUGAGGAGAUGAUUCAGACUGGUAUCUCUGCUAUCGAUGGCAUGAACAGCAUUGCUCGAGGACAGAAAAUACCCAUCUUUUCGGCGGCUGGUUUACCGCACAAUGAAAUUGCUGCUCAGAUCUGUCGACAAGCUGGUCUCGUAAGGAAAUCCAAAGAUGUUCUAGAUUACAGUGAAGAGAACUUUGCCAUCGUGUUUGCUGCAAUGGGUGUAAACAUGGAGACAGCCAGGUUCUUCAAGUCAGACUUUGAGGAGAAUGGUUCAAUGGAUAAUGUGUGCCUGUUCCUGAAUUUGGCUAAUGACCCAACUAUUGAGCGUAUUAUCACUCCACGACUUGCGCUAACAACCGCUGAGUUUCUGGCAUACCAGUGUGAGAAGCAUGUGCUGGUUAUUCUGACUGACAUGAGCUCUUAUGCUGAGGCGCUUCGAGAGGUUUCAGCGGCUCGGGAGGAAGUGCCUGGACGUCGUGGUUUUCCUGGUUACAUGUAUACUGAUCUGGCUACCAUUUAUGAGAGAGCUGGGCGUGUCGAGGGUAGGAAUGGUUCUAUCACGCAGAUCCCCAUCCUGACUAUGCCUAACGAUGAUAUCACUCACCCCAUUCCUGAUCUGACUGGCUAUAUCACCGAAGGACAGAUCUAUGUAGACCGUCAGUUGCACAACAGACAAAUCUAUCCACCAAUUAAUGUGCUUCCGUCACUGUCGAGGUUGAUGAAGUCUGCUAUUGGAGAGGGAAUGACACGGAAGGAUCAUGCGGAUGUUUCCAACCAGCUGUAUGCGUGCUAUGCUAUUGGUAAGGAUGUCCAAGCCAUGAAAGCUGUGGUUGGGGAGGAAGCUCUUACUCCUGAUGACCUACUAUUUCUGGAAUUCCUUCAGAAAUUCGAGAAGAACUUUAUUGCUCAGGGUGCUUAUGAAAACCGCACUGUGUUUGAGACCCUGGACAUCGGCUGGCAGCUACUGCGUAUCUUCCCCAAGGAAAUGCUAAAACGAAUCCCACAGACUAUCUUGGCUGAGUUCUACCCUAGGGACUCUGGUGGAAAGCAUUAACUUCUCACUGUGUGUUGGUGUGCUCUUUAUUUUGUUAUGUAACUUAUUUAUUUUCACUUGUGUAUAAACUUGGAAGGUUAUAUUUGAACAAGGUGAACAUUUGUCUGUGUUGGUGUUUUAUUUUGUGAUCAUUCAAGUGGAACACAAUUAGAACCACCUGGUUUAGGUUUCUGCUGAUUCUGGAUUAGGAGCCCACAAGUAGGGUUGCACUUGCUGCACAAAUUGAGAUUCAUAAAGAUUACAGAGAAACUAUUUUGAGGGCGAUAGACAUUUGCAGUUGUACUACAGAUCUGUGAAGGACACAAAUUUCGUCUGUCUCGCAAGUUGAUACCCUAAAUGAUAAUUUGCAUCUUGUAUUGCUAUUGUGUGUUAGUUUGUCAUCCUGCAAAUAGUGAUAAUCCAGUAAAUACAACAAUUAAAAUGUGUUGUUCAAAUUCCUAACAUUCUCAUGACAAUCUCAUGCUUGAGCUGUCCUGUGCUCUAAUCUCCGCCGUUGUUUCUGGGGUUGAUAAGCUAUGUGAUAGAAUUUUGAAAUAGAUGUUACUUAAUGUUUACUUAGCAGCAAACUUUUCUAAUACUACUUGAUAUAAGCAGGGAGUGACCCUGUCCAAAUUGCUUGUUUAGUUUAUUUGGAUUAAAGAUAAGGCAACUCCCCGACUUAGAGUAUAGCAAGUCUUUUUUUUGUAUAUUGAUCAAUUAUUCUGAAUUUAAAACUAUCAUUUGCAAUUCUGACAAAAGCUGUAGAAUGCUUCAGAGGCGCACUUCUCACCACAGUGUUGAUGAGUUGCUGCAGUAACAUGGUAAGAUACUAUCAGCUGGUGAAUUUUGUUGGGCUGGCUAGAGUUUGCAAUUAUUUCAAUAUUCGCCUCAGGUCUUGUUUUUGUGCUGGGGGUUUGAACUGACACUGUGAGUUUCCGUUUAAAAUUUUGACUGUUUACAUAUGUUUGUCUCAUUUGUUUUAAGUAUGAUAUUUUUAAAAUGUCAUUUAAAAUGUAAAGGGAAGAUGCCUUCCGUUCCAUCUGGCUGAACAAUUCUGUCUUUAUCUGGACCAGGUCAGGGAUGGGGUAUUUGGAUUCUCAUCAGUUGCAGGUGUUUCAAGCCAAUUGGAGUGUAAUGUCAUCUGUCUCCAAUGUAUUUAUCUCAGUACUUUGCUUGUGUGGAAAAUGCAGGCCUUUUACAUUGCCUGUGAGACACAUUGACUAUUGUCUUUAUUUCUGUGCUCAUACUACCUGAAAGUUGUUGUGUAUUAAUGGUGCUGUUCUAUUAAAGCCCUUAUGAAUACA